AUGCCCAGCAUCACCCCCACAGCAGAAACACAGCAUAACCUGGUAUUUCCUUGUUUUCCAGAGCGAAAGGCUGUCUGGGAUGCAGUGGCCAGCAACAUCCAACAACAGCUGUUACUGCACAAGGGGAUCCGAAUUCCCACCCUUGGGUCUUUUGAUGUGGUCCACACAGAGACCCUGGUGGGGAACAAGACUGUGAUCCUGCAGAGGCCAGUGUUCCACCUGGCCAGGAAUCUUGGAGGAGUCCAAAACCUGGAAAAUAAGGAUGAUCUGGCUGGGGGUAAGCAGCUGGAGCCUCUGAAAUAUGCCAAGGUGGCCACACAAGCCUCUGUGUCCCGGAAGAAAGUGGAGUGCUGCAUCCUUGGCACCAUGUCCCUGCUGCACCACUGCCUGGAGAAGGGCAUGAGUGUCGCCUUUGUCCUGAGGGAUGUGGGUGUGCUCCUCAUUGAAGGCAGCAUGGUGCUAAUGAGAUUCUACCUGGACUUCUUGGAGAAAGUGACUGGGGAGAGGAUCCAGGACAGGGCUACACUAAAGGCUCUCCAGCAGCUGGACAUUGUGGUUUCCCGGGUGGUGCCCGUUGCUUCCCUGAGCUUCAGUGGCCAUGUCAUCAUCUUUCCCAAGAAGCUGCCAGUGAUCUCAGGGGCUGCUGCCAGAAGAAAGCAGCCUGUGGCUGACCAAGACACGGGCAAGCCUGUGCCCAACGGCCAAGAGUUGAUGCAGAGCAACAAAGAGGCAGAUGCCGUGGCUUCACAGUUGCCCAUGCUGAAGAAGAGAGAAAUGGUUGCCAGAGGCCCGUGGCCCUGGGUGGAGUGA